AGAGCCUCAUUGACAUGUAAACGAGGUACCCCUAUAAAGGCAAUGCAGUCUACUGUCUCUGCAGACACCACAAAAUGGGCACUGAGCCCACAUCGAGGGGCAGCCCCAGUGGUUCAGCCAGCAGCUUCCGAAAGAUCUCCAAGCCUCUGAUGGAGAAGAAGCGCCGUGCACGUAUCAACAUGUCCCUAGAACAGCUCAAGUCUCUUCUGGAGAGACACUACUCGCAUCAGAUACGGAAGCGGAAGUUGGAAAAGGCUGACAUUCUGGAGCUGAGUGUCAAGUACAUGAAAAGCCUUCAGAGUUCAUCGCAAGGACUCUGGCCAGUACCCAGUGGGGUCGACUACCCGUCUGGCUUCCAAGGCUGCUUGCCCGGUGUGAGCCAGCGGCUUCGGCGCGGAGGGGCUAGCAGUGGCCUGCGCUGCCCCCUGGUGCUCGAGCGCAGGGCGGGCAGCACCACGGACAGCGCCAGCUCGCAGGCGCUCUCGGUUCUCAGCCCCUGCCUCCCGGCGGUCUGGGCUCCUCCUUCCGCUGCAGGCAGCUCCCAGGCCCCGCUGUCCUCACUCCCUCUCCCUAGGGGUCUCCCUGAGUCCUCUACCGGCGCUCCAGCGCCACAACCAGCGCCAAACUGCCAAACAGAGGAAAGCGCCAGACCCGGGCUUGGGUUGUGGAGGCCCUGGUGAGGCCUAGGCAAAGAUUCAGACUCAAGACCCUUCCCCCACUCCCAUCACCCACGGUCUAGUCUGGAGACACAGAAACUAUUUUGGGCGCAUCCACGGUGACUGCAGGGACCCUUUUAAUCGGUGGCCUGGUGGGGCUGCGGGAAAAUCCACGCAGCCACUUCUGGAUGGGAUCUGCC